CCACUAACCGUAUCAUAAAAAUGAGUAGAUGCGUCCAUCGUCACCGCUGUCGCUGGUCAUAGCCCUCUGGGAGUAACAACUCGUUCGCAAGUGUCGUUGUGGAGGAGGAGGUGCAAAGUGCAGCCUUGCCUGCUCGAAGCGCUGUUGGCACAGCCCUACUUUGGAGGCCCCGCAGCUGAACAGCUGAACAGCCACCAUGUCCAAACACCAAUACAUCUGUCAACGCACACGGAAAGGCCCGCCUGCCGAGAUGUGUUGAGCUGCUUCGAAGGGCCCCAAACGGUCAGGUUGUCAUUAUCCUCUUCGAUCAUGUCCUCUCCGCGACCUUCUCGCCGCGACGACUUCGAGGUCGCAAUCAUCUGCGCGCUACCGCUCGAGUACGACGCCGUUUCCUACAUCUUCGACGAGUUCUGGGACGAAGAUGGCGAUCGGUACGGACGAGCAGUCGGAGACCCCAACAACUAUACGACUGGCCGUAUGGGCAAAUACAAUGUCGUUCUGGCCCUCCUGCCGCACAUGGGCAAGACCAACGCGGCCAGCACGACCGCCAGCAUGCGAUCGAGCUACGGAGGCUUACGACUGGCCCUUCUCGUCGGCGUGUGCGGAGCUAUGCCUUGCGGCCGAGACGGCGAAGUUUUGUUAGGCGAUGUAAUCGUCAGCAAGACCGUCAUCCAGUACGAUUUCGGCAGGCAGUAUCCAGACAAGUUUAUACGCAAGAACACCGUCGAGGACAAUCUUGGCCGGCCGAACAAAGACGUCCGCAAUCUGCUCGCCGUAUUCGAGACCGACCGGGUCAUCGACCAGCUCGAACGACGGACUGCCCAGUGUCUUCGGCAGCUGCAGGCCAAGGUCGCCCAGACAAGGCGUCGGGGCAAGUUCGACUACCCCGGACCGGCGGAAGACAGGCUAUUCGAGCCAACCUACCGUCACAAGCACCACGUAUCGCCGACAUGUAUCUGCGGCGAUUGCUUCAGCGACUUGGACCCCGUUUGCGACGAGGUGCUCAGCUCGUCAUGCGCGGAUCUCGGAUGCGACGACGAACAUCUUAUCACGAGGGAACGGCUCCAGGCAAAACGUGUUGAAAUGAGAAGAUUCAUAUUUCUUAGUUCAUCCUGAAUGUACAGUAAGGGAACCACUGUUUAUAUACAGGCACGAUCUCUUGUGGAAAGUUCCACCUUCUUCCACACCUUGCCACCGACUUGGUCGCCACACACUUGUGAUCUCCAACA